GAUGUUUUAUGUUCCGGAAACACGGAAAGCGGACUCGAUUAUCCGGACGUUGUGACCCGACUCGGUUAUCCGGAAGUUGUGACCAGACUCGAUUAUCCGGAAGUUUUGGCUCGACUCGAUUAUCCGGACGUUGUGACCCGACUCGGUUAUCCGGAAGUUGUGACCCGUCUCGGUUAUCCGGAAGUUUUGGCCCGACACGAUUAUCCGGAAGUUUUGGCCCGACACGAUUAUCCGGAAGCUGGGGCCCGACUCGAUUAUCCGGAAGUUGGGGCCAGGUUCGAUUAUCCGAAAGUUUUUGCCCGACUCGAUUAUCCGGAAGUUGGCGCCCGACUCGAUUAUCCGGAAGUUUUGGUCCGACUCGAUUAUCCGGAAGUUUUGGUCCGACUCGAUUAUCCGGAAGUUUUGACUAGACUCGAUUAUCCGGAAGUUUUGACCCGACACGAUUAUCCAGAAGUUUUGGCCCAACUCGAUACAACGCCCAUCCAGUUAUCCGGACCAGGGUUGUAUAGGACGCUGGUGCAGUCUUAA